UGGCGGCUCUGCCUGUCAUGGCGGCGGUGGAUGUGACCCAUGGUCUGGAGACGCACCCGGUACCGGUUUGUGGUCCGUGGGAAGAGCUGACAGCGUUUCAGGUCAGACCUGAGUUCCCCGUAGUAGUAAGAAGCUUAGUCCACUUAGCUAGAGGACACACGUAGCAUUGUAGGACUUGUAGGCGGAUGUUUAGUAUUUGCGCGCAAUGCAUUCCGGGAGUUGUAGUCACAUGGCAUGUACAAGCUCAGUAUUGGUCUGGUUUCAUUUGCACACACUUCCUGUGUUUGUGAUGCUGAGCAUUGCAUGAAGUGUGCUGCCCAUGCUGAAUGGAGCAUUCACAUGACCCAGGGAGGGCAAUCAGUUAAAUUAGAAGGGAUCCCAAUUGAGCCACAUUGAUUAUUUCCCUCUUGCAACUAGUGAAUAGUAUAUUGUGCAGGGCAGCACUUUUUAUGUAAGGCCUUUCAAUAUAAACAAUUUUGUGCUCAGGAAAGCAAGCUGGUGCAUGUAGUAAUAUUUUGUGUGAUACAAGCCUCAUAGCACACAAGAUCAUUUUUCAGGUAUGAUGGCACACAGGGAUGCCAUCAGAAAUUCUGGGGCCCAUUAUAGGGUUUAAGGCCUCCUUAGCCCACCCACAAGGGUAAAGAGAGAGUGUUUGUGUGUGUGUGUGUAUGUAUACAGGGGGGGGUGGUAAGGUAUGUGCUGUCUUAAAGGACCACUCUAGGCACCCAGACCACUUCAGCUUAAUGAAGUGGUCUGGGUGCCAGGUCCUUCUAGGGUUAACCCAUUUUUUCAUAAUUAUAGCAGUUUCAGAGAAACUGCUAUAAUUAUGAAUGGGUUAAGCCUUCCCCAAAUCCUCUAGUGGCUGUCUCAUUGACAGCCACUAGAGCGCUUGCGUUUCUCACUGUGAUUUUCACAGUGAGAGCCGCGGCUCCAUAGGAAAGCAUUGUAAAUGCUUUCCUAUGAGACCGCUGAAUGCGCUGCUAGCUCUUGCCGCGCGGCUUCAUCCGGGGGGGCGUAACGGAGGCGGAGAGGAGGAGGAGAGCUCUCCGCCCAGCGCUGGAAAAAGGUAAGUUUUUACCCCUUUCCCCUUUCCAGAGCCGGGCACCCUCAGGGCACUAUAGUGCCAGGAAAACGAGUAUGUUUUCCUGGCACUAUAGUGGUCCUUUAAGUUUUGAUUUUUAUUAUAUAUAUUUUUUAAUUAUUUAUUUCCCCCUCCCUGCCUCUUACCUGUGGUCCAACUCUCCGGAGCUCUUAAUAUGAGACCCAUGGCAUUGCCAUGGGGGCUCGCAAGAGCGGGAGAGAGGAGCUGCUGUGUACACAUUGCGAAUGUGGGGCCCAGAGUCAGGGCCCUGUACAACCAUAUCUGCUUUAUCCACUAAUAGCACAUACAGGUUUUGGAUUAUUUGGAGUUAUGGAGCAUUUCUUGUAAGGUUCAUAUAAUAAUUAUAGCAUACAUUUUGUGGAUUGCCAUUCUUAGUGACCUAUUGCAAUUAUUUUGCCUAUAGUAUGUAUGUAGAAUUCAUAUGGUCUAGCGUGAAAAUAAUUGUGGGUGGGGUGCCAAAGAAACCACUUUAUUUAAUUUCAUAUCAGGACUCCGUAGCAUAUUAAUACAUUCUGACUCCCAACACUGCCACUUUUUAAAAACCUUAUACGGACUGCCUUCUAUUUCCACUGAAAUUCCAGUUCAGUUAGAUGAUAGAAGACAAAGUAGGAACUACUUUAUCUUCUGGACGCAACAAUUUUUGACAAAAUGUGGCAAAAGAGAGCUUCAAGCGGCUUUCACCUCCACAUCUCGCCAUUUUCCAUCCGCUCUUGCAUAUGACAUUAACCUGGCCCUUGGGAGUUACGGCUGCCAGGGGACGAAGACCAGACUGAAGAAGUUGAUGCCUCUUACUUCUGUAAAGAACCACCAUGUAAGCAGCAUGCCUUCAAAUGGGGUGGAUGCCAAGUUUAUGGUUGGGCAGGCAUAUAUUUAAUCUAUCCACUGUGCUGGUGACAACUUCAGCAAAUGUAGGAGUCGGAAGUGAGCUAGUCAUAAAAAGAUUGCCAGCACUUGUGUGAAGAUGUAUUAAUCUAGGGGUCAUUUUUUUUUUUUUUUUACCUGCAGUGUAACACCUAAGAAUAAAUAUACAGCUGCUACACACUAAGUAAAGAGGACCCAGCCCAACAGUCUUGCAUCCCAUAAUUCUUAGAGUGAGAAUAUUUGCUAGAAGUUGUGGGAUGCCGCUACUUCAUUUGGGGUUGUGAAUCUGCACACCUGCUUUUGUCCUCCAUGUUUGUAAUCUUUACCACUAUACUGAAGAAAAGCAGAUCAAAAUUGAUUAUAUACGUUUCUGGCCUGAAAUUUUAAAGGACCACUACAGCAAUACGAACGUGUAUUCCGUAUAUACAAAAUACUUGUUUGCCGCAAUGGGUUUAUUUGAAAUAAAAGGAAAUCUCAGACUCUAAAUCCAUGUCUCUCUCCGCACAAAACCUAGAUAAUUUGGAAUGCCCUGUAUGUCUAUCCAAAGCAAAAUAUUUAUUUUGCAGGCAAUGGAUCCUAUUUUUAAUUGUUAUUUAGGUGCCUGACUGCAUUUAUGUGAUCGGAUUAGGAAGACGUCUACCAGCUGCUAGUUUAGGCGGCAAUCCUGGAGGGGGAUCUAUGCAAUGCGUUUGCCUGAAUGUCUCCACUUCCCAGAUAUGGUGAUGUUUUUGGGAUGGAAUGCAGAUCCUUGCUCCUUCAGGCAGAACAUUAUAAUCACCAUUGUUUCGUGUAGCACAGAACGUGUUGCAGCUCUCAUGUAGCUCGUGAUUGCGCAAUAUGUGAACUCCAAGAAAUACCUUGGCACCAAACUGCACGUAUUGCUCUCAUUUUAGAUAUGAGUUACACUGGAGUACUUAAAGCAACACUACACCAACCCUAAGCACUUUAGCUUGCUGUAGUGCAUGAGUUAAUAUUGUUUUUUUUUUUUUCUUUUAAAAAGUGUAGAUUUUAAUAGAAAUUAGAACUUUUACAUAUUAACCUUCUAACGUCCCGUAGUUGUCAAUAAGACAGGUCCUGUUACUUCCUGGUUUGGUUAGCUCUGUGGAGCUGAACUCAAGAGACGGCAAUUGCUUAGAGCACCUGCCAUGCAAAGACUUCUCACUGAGCUGCAUUGGGAAGUCUGUGAUUGGACAGCCACAGAAAAUCUGGGUGAGGUUAGAAGAGGAGGGCUUGCAAAGACUGCAGACAAGAGAACUGCCGCUCUUGCAAGCUGUUUUUAGAUAUACCUCCAUGAAAAAAAAAUGCAUAAUUAAAUGCAAGCAAGUUUUAAUUUGGGAUAUAUCUACUAAAUAGUGAUGGGGGUGUGUGUGUGUGUAUAUAUAUGUAUGUAUAUAUAAAAAAUACACAAUCCUGCGCACUCGCUCAUUCACUAAACAAAGAUUUCAAGUCGCACAGAUUGGAAUAGUUUUAUUUAAAAAACAAAAACAAAAAAAAACCCUCACCUAGGAAAAAUAAUUAUGGGGGUUUAGUUACAGUAUAUGAUCAUACAUUGCAUAAGCCUGCCACAGCGUCAAUGUAAUGUGGAUUGUGGAUUUUGUAAGUUGUUUUUGUAUGUUGCUUAGUGUACUCCUAUAAUAAUUAAAAAAAAAAAAACACACUAAUCCAGAAUAAUUUUCUAUUAAAUAACAAACAUAUUGGUUCUUAAUGUUUUCAACAUUUAAAAAACGUAUCUUUAUCAUUUCAGUACACACCAGACCUGGUUGCUGGACCUGGCGCUAAAGAAGAUCCAAGUGAAGUUACUAUUCUAGGCUGUGAUUGCAAAGAGACUACCUGUGCUCCACAGACCUGCGCUUGUUUGCCAUUUGGUGCCAAUUAUGACAGCCGUGCUAUUUUGAGCAGCCAGAGGCCCAUUUUAGAAUGCAACGUUAUGUGUAAAUGUGGGGAAUCCUGUACAAACCAGGAGACCCAGAAGGGACUGCAGUUUCAGUUGCAGGUGUGUAGGAUACCUGGUAAGGGCUGGGGACUCUUUACAAAGGAGGACAUCCCCAGUGGUAGGUUUGUGUGUGAGUAUGUUGGAGAGGUGCUAGGCUACGAUGAGGCCUGUAGAAGGAUUCAUUCUCAGGAGUCUAGUACAAACAAUUAUAUCAUUGCUGUACGUGAGCAUCUUCAUGGUGGAAAGAUUCUACAGACAAUUGUGGACCCUACCCAGAAAGGUAACGUGGGUAGGUUUUUGAACCACUCAUGUCAACCCAAUCUCUUCAUGCUGCCAGUCCGUACCCACUCUAUGGUUCCCAGGCUUUCACUCUUUGCUGCUCGUGAUAUCUUGGCUGGAGAGGAGUUAUGUUACGAUUACUCUGGAAAAGCCUUCAACGCUGGUGAAAUGUCUGCAAAUCGAGAAUUGGAACAGAGGACAUUACACUCACACAAAAGGUGUUUAUGCGGAACACCAUCCUGCUCUGGUUACCUGCCAUUUGAUGAGUGGUUGUGCGAAUAAGAAACACUUUAACAUAAAAUAUUAUUUCUAGUCUCACAUGACUACCACCGCUUUUAUCCUUUUCUAGUUCAGGAACUGGGAUAGCUUAAAUGGGAACUGUCACUUAGAAAAUUAAUGUGUUUAUCACACGGCUCUAGCGCCAGGUCCAGCAACUAGGUCUGGUGUGUACUGAAAUGAUUAACACACUUCUUUAUCUUCCAAAUGGCUUCUGCCAUCUUAGUUCCCUGUCAAUAAUUCUUAUAAGCUCUGUUCACUUGUUUACCCCAAAAGUCUUCAAGCUGGUGGCUGAUUGCUCUGUCCCUGCACUUCCGCUUAAUGUCCAAGGCUUCAAUGAGGAAAACUUGGAGUGGACACUACUGAUAGUGUCAAUUGACACUGGUAUGUAUCCUUUGCACUCUCUUUUGCCACUGUGCAAGUGAAUAAGGUUAGACUGAGCGGGCAAUGGCUUGAGGAUUAAUUUAAAAAAAAUAAAUUUUAUGUUUUAUAGAAGAAUCUCAUGUUAGUUUUUGGAACUUGACAAGAGUGGUUUUAUUUGUAUUAUGUUUUAAUCAACAAAACUUUGUUUUCUUGUGUGCAAAAAAAAAAAAAAAAGGCUCUACAGUGAUUUAUAAUGGGGGCUUACCUUCUUUUUUUUUCUUCAUCCACCGCCCAGUUAUUCUAGUAGACCCACCCACUUUUAAAAAGUGAAAUUCCAAAUCUAUCUAUAACUGUGUACAGACUGCAACCAUUCUUAAUAUAAAGGAACACUAUAGGGUCAGGAACACAAAGGUAUUCCUGACCCUAUAGUUCAAAACCCACCAUUUAGGUGGCUUGUCCACCGUUAGCCCCCUUAAAAGUUAAUAAAACCGCCCUCUUGGUGACAUCAUCAGAAUUGCCUAUUUUUAACCAAUCUAAUGCUUUCCCAUGGAGAUUGGCAAAGUGGAUUGGCAAAAACCUGGAAGGGGGUUGGGCCAAAUGCCAUUUUGGCCAAUCAGCACCUCCUCAGAUGCAUUGAAUCAAUGCAUCCCCAUGAAGAGCGUGGAGACGCUGUACGGCACUGCUGCCUACUGUGCAGCAAUGAGCCAGGAAGCGCCUCCAGUGGCCAUCUGAGGAGUGGCCACUUGGAGAUGUCCCUAGGGGCAAUGUAAAUGCCUGAAGGCAAUGAUUAUACUCACCAGAACAACUACAUUAAGCUGUAGUUCUUCGUGACUGUAGUGUCCCUUUAAUGUCAUGUUUUCUCAUCUUUACUUUGUAAUGUGAUCAUGAUAGAGCAUUUUAGUGGUGUAAAGUAAAUUAUAAUAUUCAGAGAAGAAUUUGGGACUAUGCGAGUAUCUUAAAAAUCGGCAAUUCUGAUGUCACCAAUGGGGCGGGGCCAGCAGACCCCCGCAGCACUGGAAAUAAGGUGAGUUUUAUUAACUUUUAAGGAGGCUGAGGGUGGACAAGCCACCUAAAUGGUGGGGUUUGCACUAUAGGGUCAGGGAUACAUGUUUGUGUUCCUGACCCUAUAUUGUUCCUUUAACCCCUUAAGGACCAAACUUCUGGAAUAAAAGGGAAUCAUGACAUGUCACACGUGUCGUGUCCUUAAGGGGUUAAAUCAAGAAUGGUUGCAGUAUGUACACAGUGAUAGAUGUGGAGUUUCCCUAGAGUUUUUAAAAGUGGGUGGGUCUGCUAGAUAAGUAUCUGCAUCAUGCAGAUAACUUACGAAAAUUAUGUAAUAAAGAAUUUUAAAGAAAUGCACAUAUGAAUGCCCUGUAUUUUUUGCAAACCAACAAGCUUUAGCGCUUCAUCAGUGUCUUCUCACCAAACCAGGAAGUAAAUUGUGAGGAUUACUUGACUUUCUGUAGUGUCGCCGCCCUUAUCCCAUUCACAGUGCUUUAUCAGCUCAACAAGGUUUUUUUGAAUUGCAGAUCAAUUGUCAGCUUUCUACUGUAGACGGCAAAUAUCUAAAUUGCAGUUGAUAUCAU